AUGGGAGAAGAAUCUACUUCUUACCUCCAAGCUGGUACAACUGCAAUAGCGGCAGGAGGUGCAGGAGUACACGGCCUGCCUGAUAUUGAUACCACCAGCACCAUUGCCGGUACGAAGAAAACAUGGUAUUUUUGGGCCAUAUUCCCUGCACUAUGCAUGACAACAUUUUUAUCUGCUCUUGAUACGUCAAUUCUUUCAACGGCGCUGCCUACUAUAUCUAAGGAUUUGGACGCCGGCCCUCUAUAUGUCUGGAUUACGAAUUCGUAUGUACUUUCGUCUACGGUUAUGCAGCCCCUCUUCGGUCAAUCCGCCAACAUAUUCGGUCGGAGAUGGCUCCUAAUCCUUUCGGUUGUCUGGUUUGCCAUCGGGAGCGGAUUAGCUGGAUGUGCCAACGGAACUAUUGUGAUUAUCUUAGGCAGAACUAUCCAAGGUAUUGGUGGCGGGGGCAUCAAUACCCUGAUAGAUAUUGUCAUUGGAGACUUGGUGCCCAUGCGUGAACGAGGAAAAUAUGUUGCGUUGAUGGGUGUUAUCUGGGCCAUUGGUACUGUGAUAGGCCCGGUACUUGGUGGUGGUCUGGCCGAGCAUGCCUCCUGGAGAUGGAUCUUUUACAUUAACCUCCCCCUUUCGGGCCUAUCACUGAUUCUGUUGUACCUCUUCUUGCGUGUCGCGUCCCCAACCGGUAAUGGUUUCUACAAAAAGCUUUUACGAGUGGACUUCAUUGGAAAUGCUAUCCUUGUCACGGCCGUUAUAUCAAUUCUCUUGUCAUUGACCUGGGCGGGCACAGUCUACCCUUGGUCCUCUUGGAGGAUUAUUUUACCGCUAGUCAUCGGGUUUGUGGGGCUGAUUAUCUUCUAUUCCCAUCAGACAUCGCGCUUCUGCCCUGAGCCAUCUAUUCCAUUGAGGCUAUUUACCACAUCUACGUCUCUCUUUUCGCUCAUCCUGGGAUUUACGGGCUCGAUUCUGAUAUAUUGGGUUGGUUACUUCCUGCCGGUCUAUUUCCAGGCGGUGCUAGGAACAUCCGUGACGAAAUCAGGUCUUUACGUUCUUCCUAUUACGGGUGCGGUUGCCCCCUUUGGAAUUCUCGCCGGUAUACUGAUUUCCGCCUGGGGUAAAUACCGAGCUUUCCAUUUCAUUGGUUUUGGUCUCAUGUCAACUGCGGUUGGCCUCUUCUCGAUCCUUGAUCAACAGUCGUCGGCUGGAUAUUGGGCAGGGUUCCAGAUCAUUUUUGGAGCUGGAUCUGGCCUGAUAUAUUCGAGUACGCUACCGCCAAUCCAAGCCUCUUUAAGCGAAUCCGACAUGGCUACUGCAACUGCCACCUGGGCAUUUAUGCGGAGUUUUGGGUCCAUCUGGGGUGUCGCUAUCCCCACCGCAAUAUUCAACGAGAAGGUUGAAUCCCUCCUCGGAGGAAUUAGUGAUCCUUCUUUGAGGGGUCGACUUUCAAACGGUGGAGCAUAUGCACUUGCAAGUGCAGGCUUCUCAUCCUCCCUCGUCGAUGAUCCGAAACUAUUAUCAGAGGUGACUGGGCUAUAUACACAAUGUUUAAGGUUUGUAUGGUUGUUAGCAAUACCCUUCGGCGUUUGCGGAUUCCUUGCCAGUUUUCCCAUUCAUCAGUUCGAAUUAAAGACACAACUGGAGACAGAGUUCGGCCUGCAGGAGCGCCAACAGGACGGUUAG